GGGCUGGCACGGCGGUGCCUGUCAUAUGACUGUCAUUUCCUGGUAUAGUCGGUAGAGGCUGAGCCGCAUCCAAACACCGUUACCCGAGCGUCUCUGUCGGUUGUUUUCAUUUUCUCUCCAGCGACUGCUCCUGCAAAACCACCGAGCGACGAUGCCCCGCUGCGUUUUACUUGUGGUGCUUGGAAUCGUAUUCCAGCUAUCAAAUGGCAUCGAGUUCAAUGUCACACAAGAUGGAAAAUUAUGCCUCUAUGCCGAUUUAAAGCUCGUGUUCUCAGUUGACUAUGAAGAUCUUGAUGAUGAGAUUCAGACAGCGGCGUUUCCUCUUCCCGAUGAUGCCAAAUCAGAUGAAAGUACAUGUGGUGAGACACAAUCAGUGCUGAAGCUUAAUUUUGGAGCGGGAAACUCGUGGAGUUUUACCUUCUCCAAAACUGGAGAAAGUUACCAGGCUGACACGAUCAACUUUACCUACAAUCUUGGUGAUCCCGUCUACUUCCCAAACACAAAAUCAGAGGAGCUUGUAACUGUGACAACAAUGCCUACAAUUACAAACGUAGGUGUGGACACUAGCUACUCGUGCAAAAGUGCUGAAGAGCUGAAAGGUGGUACUGUCAGCAUGACUCUGUCAGAUGUGCUUAUACAAGCUUUCAUCAGUGAUGGCAUUAUGAGUGACUCAAUAACCGGCUGUGCUGCAGAUCAGUCUGUCAUUACAGAGACCACUGUCCCGACCACUGCGCCCAAUACCACUGUCCCGACCACUGCGCCUAAUACCACCACUCCUACUGCCCCGACCACUGCGCCUAAUACCACCACUCCUACUGCCCCGACCACUGCGCCUAAUACCACCACUCCUACGACUGCGCCUAAUGCCACCACUCCUACGACUGCCCCGACCACUGCGCCUAAUGCCACCACUCCUAUGACUGCCCCGACCACUGCGCCUAAUGCCACCACUAUGACUACCCCUAAGACUACUCCUGUUACCACCCCAGUCCCCACCCUCCCUGUACCCACUACGGGGAACUACAGCAUCAAGGUUGACGAGAACAGCACAGCCUGUCUGUUGGCCAACUUCGGCCUGCGGAUUGCUGUUAAGCAGGGCGAGAAAUUGUUGGACAUGAACUUUGAUCCCAGCGGGGCCAGUGUCUCUGGAUCAUGUGGCAUCAACAGCAGUGAGCUUGUUUUGAAAUCUAAAGAAAUGACCAUCAAUUUCACCUUCACCAAUGACACAAAGAAAUUCCGUCUACAUGCGCUCAAUGUCAGCUUGACCUCUGGUUCUCCUGUGGGGAGCACCAACCUCAGUCUGUGGGAGGCAUCUGUCGGCAGCUCCUACAUGUGUAACAAGGAGCAGACCUUCAACAUCACUGACUCACUUACCAUCUACACCUUCAGCCUGCAUGUGCAGCCCUUUGGUGUGCAGAAAGGUGUUUUCAGUACAGCUGAGGAAUGCCAGGCUGAUGGGGAGAGCUUCCUUGUUCCCAUAGCUGUUGGAGUUGCCCUGCUUGUUCUCAUUCUUAUUGUUCUGCUGGCCUAUUUCAUCGGGAGAAAGAAAAACAUGGCCACCGGCUACGAGUCUUUCUAAUUCUUCAUUCAGAGCUUUCUGCUAUACACUGGAGAGUUGCUGCCUCUGACUAAGUGUGAAAAAUCGCCAUUAUGUGUUGUAUUGCUGUGUCUGUGCUGAGAGGUGUUCACAGGCUGACUUGUCUUGCUGAGAGCUGGAUUGAUGCAGUUCUUGUCUGUAAUUUUGAAGCUGCAGCUUAGCCUCACAUAAAGACUGGAAACGGUGACUCUGCAUCUUUACAGAUUUAACAGAAGUCUGUGUACCAGCACCUCCACAGCUCAUUUAAGAGGUUUUCACACAUGCACUCAUACCCUAAACUUUUAACACGGAAACAGCCAGCUACUGUUCACUUGCUGAAAAGGGCAAGUGGGUGUCAUGUUCUGCCUGCUUACUACACCCAGGCAGCUCCAUCAUGGCCUCAACUGCAUGGAGAGUUUCCAGUAGUGCAUAUAAAGUAGACCAUUUCCUGCUAGAAAUCUUUUAAAGAACAUGUUAAAUCUCUUGGUUAUGCUGCACAAAUUAAGCGGAAUAAAUGAAUUUGAGGGACUAUAUUGUUUGGGUGCUGUAACAUUCAGGAGUCCUACACAUAGAUGGCAAAAAAUUCAUAUUAUAAUCCAGUCACAAAGAACUUUAUUUUGACAUGGUGCCCUUUUACCACUUUUUUUUUUCUCCCGUUUAGUCCACAGGUUGUAUUGACACUGUCCACAUUAACCUGAUGAAUUUAACCUGUUGAGCUGAUUUUAAAGAUGCUCACAUGACCAGUUUCCAGUGUUUAUGCUAAGGUGUGCUGACCAGCUUUUUAUCAGCAGGUGUAAGAGGUAUUGAUCUGGUUUGGUAAGAAGGCCUUUUGGUGCAUUUUCUAAAAGUCCAAACAUUUACUGCAUUUUCUUUAAUUACUACUCACCUGAAUUAUCUUUUGUGUGUUUUGUGGUAUUUAACUAUCCUUCCCUGUAAUCAACACUAGUUAUGUUGCUGACUCCACUUUCUGGGCUCUUCUCGCUGCUUUUUGCUGCUUUUCUAACCCAAACUCCCAGUCUUUUUUUUUUUUUUUGCACUAACCUGCCCUUUCUGUGUCUCUCUUUCUGUCAGCUGAAGAGUGCUUCCUGGAUUCUGAUUUGAGCUUUUUGGUGCCCAUCGCAGUGGGCGUGGCACUCAGCUUCCUAAUCAUCCUUGUGCUUAUCUCUUACCUGAUUGGUCGGAGGAAGAGUCGCACUGGCUACCAGUCCGUAUAAU